UCAGUAACUAUUCUCUCUCUUUGCAUCUCGCCCACACAUCCUUUUCUGGAAGUUAGUUGCGUCAAUAAAUUGAAAACCUUCUUCACACAACCAAGGCCACUCCACAAGCCAGUAAUAAUACUUAGCUUUGAAUCUCCCUGUUGACAUACAUGGGUUUGCUUCUCUGAUUACAAAAAUCACUUUUGGGGAGAUGGGGAGGUUCGAAAACCAUGUUGUCAAAGGAGGCAUCAAGUUGCCAAUUGGGUUCAGGUUUUGUCCCACCGAUGAAGAGCUUCUCCUUCACUACCUCAAGAAGAAGGCGUUUGCUCAACAAUUACCCGCUUCAGUCAUUUCAGAGUUUGACGUGUUUCAGACUGAGCCAUGGAAACUUCCAGGUGAAUUGAGGGAAAAUAGGUACUUUUUUAGCAAUAGAUCAAAUGGAAACAUCAAGAGACCUGCUGGUUCUGGGUGCUGGAAAUCUGUAGGCAAAGAAAAACAAAUCAUCCAUUCAGAGAGCAAUCAAGUAAUUGGGAUGAAGGAAACACUGUUUUUUUGCAAAGGGUCCCAUGAGACAAGAACUCAGUGGGUCAUGCACGAAUUGCGCCUUGUAGCUUCCUACCCAUGUCAGAUGCCAGUGGCAGAUUUUGCUGUGUAUCGCAUAUUUCAGAAAAACAAGAUGAAGACAAGAAGAUCACAUGGGAAGAAGCCCUCUAGUAGCAGCAAACUUCAGAGACUUGUUGAUGUUAAAGCUAGUUUCUUUGACUUCACUGUGGAUUUUAAUCAUGACGAUAUAGGGCCUCCCACACCUUGUUCCCCAUGUCUAAGUGAAGGCUGUAGUGAAAUCUCCUCUAGCAAGUUAGAUUAGGAUUUAGGAGUAGAAGUGUAGAACAGUGCAUGCUUUGUUUAUUUUCCUCAAUUUAUGAGAUAUGAUCAAGAAGCCUCUAAAGCACAAGUACUCUUGUCUUUACUACAGUCCUGAUGUUGAGUUUUUUUUGCCCUGCAGUGUGAAACGAAAAAAUUAUGUCCUCGUAAUUAUUUGAAUAUUAUUUUCUGAA